UCUAUGGUCUGUUCUCUGUUAUGAAAUUCGAAAAUAAUAUUUUGCAUUUUUGUUUUUUACUGAGAUUUCGAAAUUAAUAAAAUAUAUCCAUAAUUAAUAUAAUAUUCUACUUAAAACAUGUCUUUACCAAGAUUUACAUUUAUACGAUCAAUAUGCAAGUUAGAAAAUCUAAUUCUCCGUCGAUAUUCGGCCCAAAACACUGUAAACUUGUCUGACCCGGCCGUGCAAAGGUAUUUAAACCAUUUAAUGCUGGAACAUGCUACUUUAGAAACAAAACCUCGCAGGAACAUCGACGAAGCGAGACGACUCCAAGAAAUAAAACCCAUAGUGCUAGCUUUGGAACAACGUAUCAGUCUUUACGACAGUAUAGAUUCACUCAAGGAGUUGAACAAACGUGAAGGACAGGACGAAGAAAUAAAGAAAAUGAUCAAAGAGGAAGCGGAAAUAUACUUAAAACGCAUGAAAGAAGUUGAUGGUGAAUUACAGUCAAUAGUUUUGGACCCAUUCUUAACUGACGGAGGUGUUUUAGUUGAGGUAACAGCGGGCGCUGGUGGCCAGGAAGCUAUGCUCUUUGCGAGAGAACUCCUAGAUAUGUAUAAAUCGUAUUGUGAAUAUAAAGAGUGGGAGGUAGAUAUUGCAUCUUUGGAGAAAUCUGAUCUUGGUGGCAUAAGGAAGGUGUCUUUGCUGAUAAAGGGUUAUGGUGCACCGGAACUAAUGAAAAUGGAAGCCGGUGUCCAUAGAGUCCAAAGAAUACCCGUGACUGAGAAGGGGGGCCGCAUUCACACGAGUACCAUCUCUGUGGCUGUGCUUCCGCAGCCCAGUGACCUAGAGCUGGACAUACCUGACCGAGACCUGAGCAUUGAGACCAAAAGAGCCAGUGGAGCAGGGGGCCAGCAUGUUAAUACCACAGACAGUGCUGUGCGCAUCACCCACAUACCAACAGGUACAACGGUAGAGUGCCAGGAGGGUAGAUCACAGAUCAAGAACAAAGAGAUUGCUUUACAGAAGUUAAGAACACUGCUGCUACAGAAGCAAAUAGAUGAACAGUCUUCCAAAAUUAACAGUGAAAGGAAAUCACAGAUAGGUCAGAGCAAUAGAAACGAGAAGAUCAGAACAUACAACUACCCACAGGACAGAGUGACCGAGCACAGAGAAGGCGGCGGCACCACUCACAGCUUGAAAACCUUCUUGCAAGGAGGCGAGCCUCUCGAACUGCUGCAGGAGUCUCUCCUGCGACAGCAGAAGUACCAGGCUAUCAUGAAUGACAUCAACGACUUCAUUGUCAAAUACAAAGCAGAUAAUGCUGGAAAAAGUUAAUUGGCUCAAAGAUAUCAGUGAAUUAGUGAGAAAUAAGAAUUACUAGUAAAAAGCGGUGAGUUUUAUAAACAAACUAAUUCUUAAAUAUAUGACGAUCGUUAGACUAUUUUUGAGGAUAUUAAUGUAAUAUUAUAUAGAGAAAAGAGGAAUAAUAAAAAAGUUAUGAUGACAGGUUGUUGUCACAGACCUUUGAAAAACUUUACUACCUACUUGGUUCUGCAAACUGUUUUGUCCAUGUUUAAAUAUUGAUAAAUUAUUUAAUUUCUUUAAUUUAUAUGCAUUUUUAUGAAGUGCUGUCAGAAAUAGUGUACCUAGUUUAGUUGAUAAAUUGUUGAAGUUGAAAAUAAAACACUAUGAAAUACAAUAAA